UUGUCCCGCGGCACCCGGAGGAACCACGGAAGAUGAAGAUGAGAGCGGUGCUGCUGCUUGCGGUUGUGGCGGCUGCGGCAGAGGCGGCGAGUCUGUGCGGUGGCGUGGGCGGAUGUAAUUCUCGCCAAGACACCGAGGAGCUGCGGACCAAGGACGACCUGGAGGAGCCCUUCAGAGAGAACCUUGAGGUCGCUCCCCCGCCGGAGGAACAGCAGAGCCUGAGGUCGGCCAGCGCCGUCCACCCCUGGCCAGACGCAAGGGUCCCGUAUGCCGUGUGGGGCGCCCAGACCACCAAGGACAAGGUGGAGACAGCUCUGAGCUACAUCGAACAGCAUACUUGUGUCAACUUCACGAAGCGAGCCGGGGAAGCGAGGUACCUGCUCAUCAAGGAAGGGGACGGGGGAUGCUGGACGUCAAUGCUUGGCUAUCCUUCCUCUGACAAAAAGGUGACGAUAAACCUAGGUCCUGGCUGCGUGCACGGCUCCCAAAUCAGGCAUGAAGUCAUGCACGCAUUGGGAUUCCCGCAUGAGCACACCCGUCCAGACCGCGGCGACUACGUCAGGAUCAAGUGGGCCAACAUUAAAGAGAGUGCCAAAUCUCAGUAUUAUAUGGACGAGAGAUACCCUACCAUGGAGGUGCCGUAUGACCUGCAUUCCAUCAUGCAUUACGGGAAGUUUGACUUUGCUGUGGACAAGAGUCAGCCCACCAUGGUGCCUGAUCCCUGGGUCGACGGGCAGCUGGGGGGAAGCUCGCUCUCCUGGAGGGACAAGAGGAAAAUCAACAUCUUCUACAAGUGUCCCGAUGUCUGAUGUCGAUGUCUAUUUUUGGAUACGGAAGGAACUAGGGAUGUGGACCGGUUUAUUUUCUGAUUGGGGAUAAGGUUUCGGAUGCAGAGAAAUUGUAAUUGAUUUUUGUACUGAUCAUAGCACAGUUUACGUAAUGUAUAAGAAGCUCUUUAUUUGCAAAAAGGACUACAUAUUAUUACAUGCCAGCAAG